AACGCCGCAGGGAUAUAUAAGUUUUUGUAGUUUCUGGACCGGUCUAAAACAUGUACCGGUCUAGCCGCAACAUAACCACCGCAGCAUGACAGCUCGCGUGCGGUAGUAGUAGUAGUGUGGUAGGCAAAGAGCGAGAAGGUAAAUAAAAACCAUAUGAUGAUGAUGAGAAUGACUAUGAUUAUGAGGGUAGACAGAUAUUUCGCCAUUGCAGUAAAAAUAUAAGGCAAAUAAGUUGAAUUGUGAGAAGGUGCGUUAGUUAAUUGAAUUAUCCUAGGAAUUAUAGUGAAUUUUAGACGAGAACACUCCAAAAACGGUUGUGAUUAUCGAAAAUACGGUAAGAACCUAAAAAAGAAAUGAAUAAGUAGUGACCGUGCAAUGUUUAUGUGAAUAUUUACUCAUAUCAUUUCUUAGCCGUGGCCAAUCUGAUCCGUGCCAAGAUACCAGGGAACCACCAGUAAGGGUAAUAGGAAAGGUGUCCACAUUCUGGCGACAUUCUCUGUAAGUAAUUGCAUGUAGAUACUAACAGAAACGGUUCGAGUGUUAAUUUACAAUUACAAUGUACCGUACUAUAGAUCCGCACUCGAUCAAAUUAGGGUAACUGCACCCAAUAUCAUCCCAGAUUCGGAAACCACUUCUUUUUUAAGCGUUGCUACAAAAUCUGAGCCGCUCUAGAAAUUUUGGUUUCCCUUCGGGAACAUUCUUAAAAAAGAAGUGACACCCGCGAAGUGAUUCCCGCGUAGUGAAAAGUGUCAAGUGAGGAGUGAAAACCUGCAGCAAGAUGGCGUCCGAUGCAGAAUCCACCCACGACCAAACCAUCAUGGACCUGACGGCGACUCCGUGCGCCAUCUGUGGCCCGUCUACGCGCGACGAAGUGAUGGUCGGCUGUGAUGGAUGCGCGGGAUGGUUCCACAUCCGUUGCGUAGGCAUCGAGGAGGGCAAACUGCCGAAGAAGUGGUACUGCCAAAGCAAGGCCUGUCAGGAGAAGGCCCAGGAGUACCAGCAGAAGCAGAAGGACGCCAAGAAGCAGGCUCGCACCCGGAAAAACGGCAACGAGUCUGACAAAUCCAGCGUCAGCUCUCGCCUAGCUUCGUCUAGCGUGGAAGCGAAGGUGCGAGCGCUAGAGGAGAAGCAGAAGCGCCAGUACGAGGAGAUGGAAGCGGAGCUGCUGCUGCAGAAAAAAGAAAGGGAGAUGCAGCGUGCGUUCGAGCAGCGAAAAAUGGAAUUGGAGCUGCAGAUGCGCGCUGAGGAACAAGAGGAGCAAAGAGCUUGGAAAGCGGAAAUGCUCCAGAAGAAGAAGGAACAGAUUCGGCAGAUGAAGGCGGACCAAGACUCGUUCGAGCUGCAGAUGGCAGCCAUGGAUAAGGAGUUGGCGGAACUAUCGGCUCAAAAAUCCAAACCGGAGCCGAAAGUAGUCGCAGGUUCUUCAAAAGCGGGCCAUUCCGGCAAAGUCGACCAAAAUGUGUUGAAGCUGAGCAAGGCGAACGUGAGGAAGCUAGCGCAAAGCUACGAAAGCUCCGAAGAGGAUGAGGACGACGAUUCCGGCGAUUCGGAUUUGCAGAGCCAGAUUUCGGACUCGUCGAUGGAACGCAAGGCGAAUCUGAAGACGUUCAAGAAAGUGGGAAGUGUCAGCCAAGACGGGCUGGGGCAGCAGCAGACCGGACCGACAAAGGCCCAGCUGGCCGCGAGGAAGGGAUUAACGUACAAACUCCCAAAAUUCUCCGGCAAACCAGCGCAGUGGCCAUUGUUUUUCGCGGCCUACAAAGCGUCCAAUGAGGCCUGUGGUUACAUGAACCACGAGAACCUGAUGCGACUUCAGGAAGCGCUGGAAGGUGACGCUCUGGAACUGGUAUCUGGGCAGUUACUGCUUCCUGAAUCCAUCCCGCAGGUCAUCGAGAAGCUGCGCCGACACUUCGGCCGCCCGGAACAACUGCUCCAAAGCCUGUUGGACAAAGUGAACCGACUGGAACCCCCGAGGGCGGACAAUUUGCGGAGUUUUGUUCCAUUCGGAAAUACGGUGGAGCAACUCUGUGGCCAUCUGGAGGCCGCGGAUCUGAAGCAGCACCUUGUUAACCCGCUGUUGAUCAAAAGCCUUGUCGCCAAGCUACCAGAUCGAGAGAAGCGGGAAUGGGUCCAUUACCGGAGGGGCCACGGGGAAACAACCUAG